GCUCCGCGGGAGAAAAAAAAUUCGUAUAAUAUUAUGUACGCGACCUAUAGGCUUAUUAUGGUGCGCGCGUCGGGGGAUGCUUCGCUCAGUCCCUCUCUCACACACGCGUUCACGUAAUAUAUAUAAUCGACGUGCAGACACGACGUCUGUGUACGAGUUAUUAUUAUAUAUAUAUAAAAAUACGCGUCUUAAGGAAAAUGAUACAUAUAAUGUGCAAGUAUGUAUAUAUAAGCCCCGGCGUUCGUCUAGUAUAGUCGCAAUAACGGAACGGCAAGUGACGCGAUGCCCAGACGCUCGUCGUGCUAACUCGAAUGAUAAAAUUGAAUCGCACAAUCGUCUACCUGUAUAUAGUAUAUGGUAUUAUUUAAGCUUACGCCUGUAAUACUUCAAUUGAUAUUGUACCGGUCGGUCUUCUGCAGCAGUCGCCGUUACAAUAAUGGACUUGCGUUUUUAUUUCGUCGUCAACAUUUUAACCGUUCUGCUAAUUCACGAAGUUGUGUUCUCCAAAUGUGAUUUGAAAAUCAAAACGUAUAAUCAUGUCACUAAAUCCUAUGUUGAAGAAUUUCAAAGAAAGGAAAGACAAGCACCAGAUCCAUCCCGUAUGUAUUUGCCACCGAAGAUAGAUUCUGUCGCAUCUAAUGGUUUUGGAGGGCAAAUAGAUGCAUCGAAUAAUUUUGGUAAUAAUAACAAUAGUUAUGGAGAAGUUGAAAACUCCCAGGACACAUUUACAACAGAUAACUAUGAUCUAUCACCAACAACCCCCGAAGACGAGAGUGAUAGUACUCUAGGAUUGUUUGAUACAAUUAACCGUAUGUCAAGUGGAUCCGUUGGGUCAUCCUUGGACCAGAGUAAUGGUUACAAUACUUUAUCACCAGAAGGAAACAAUUUUAGACAACCUUCAAACAAGAAUAACGAUUAUACUAGUGGUGUAAAUUUAUCAGGAACUAAUAACAACUAUGGAACUUUGUUGGGCACAACAUCGAUACCAACUAAUAACGGUGUUACUGCACAAACAGGAACAACGGACGGUUAUGGACAAAACGAGCUAUUGAAAACUGCUCAAAAUCAAGGACCGUCUAAGUAUAAUUACAAUGAAGCAACGGCAGCUAAUCAGUUUGGUCAGAACCCAAGCACAGCCGGCGGUCAGUAUAGCCAGAAAAGUACAGCUGAGAACACGGCAGGUGGUUAUGGUAACACAUAUUUUAGUACAUCAAAAGCUUUGCUUCAAGGUAAUAAUCGAAUUGAUGGUCAGAAUUCAUACGGUCAAGGAGGUAGUGGAAAUAUUGAUCCAAACAGAGGUCAAUCAUUUUCUGUAGACAACAAUGGUUAUGGUAACACAAUACCCAAUUCGUUUGGUCAAAAAUAUACAAACGGCGAUUAUAAUCAAAAUGGAAAUGGAAAUAUAGCUAACACACAGUUUAGUAUUGAAAAGAGUAUAGAUAUCUCGAACAAUCCGUCUUCAAUCAGUUCAAUUCCAAACAUCCAAGCACAAGAUAAUCCAAUAAUUAAAAGUACACCGCAGUUCAGUAAUGAAAUCAUUAAUAAAAAUUAUGGACAAAACGAGUCUCCCAAUAGUCGUGGUUUCCAAGCUGGAGGAUAUAACCCAGAAGUAUCGUCAUCCGGGUAUGGACAAUACCCCAGUGGAUUAAAUCAAGGCGUAUCAGCAACAUCUCAAACUUAUGGACAAAAUGAUUUUGAAAAACCAAACUCCAAUUAUUAUUCAUUGAAUUCUAAGAAUUUACCUUAUUCUGGAGAACCUUUUAAUCAAUUAUUGCCAAUUAAUAAUGGAUUUGAACUAAGUUCGACCAACCCAUACAAUCAAAAGCCUACAGGAAUAAAUAAAAACCAAAUUGCUGAUACCGCCAUCAUUGGCUCUCAAAGUCUCAAUUCUGUAGGAACCAAUAAUGGGGCACAGUCAUCAGGAACAACAUACCAAAAUUCGUACGGCCAGAGUUCACCAGAGGUUCAAAGUUUCAAUCGGGAACAAGGUUUGUCAAAUUACGAAAACGGGUUCAAUUUAAACCUACCAAACCAAUUACAAGGUUCUAACAAUCUUGGACAGUCAGGAUCUUAUUCAAUCGGAAAUGAAGAGAACUAUGGUCAAAUUUCUCCAACGUAUAAUACAGGUAGAUUUAAUCAAGAUCAACAAAACCAACAGCUGUCCAAUAGCUACGGACCACCAGCAGCUCCUCAAUCGUUUAUAAACGGAAGAGAUCCUAUCCAAAGUUCAUCGAAUGGACCAGCGAACGGUGGAUAUAAUAACCAAGAUAGACCAACGACUGGUCCUAAUGUUUUUGAUCAAAGCAGCCCCUCUACGUCACGAGUAUCAAAUAACUAUAGUCAAACUGAAUUUCAACCAUCAUCUCCUAGUGGGAACAGUUACAGCCAAAAUGGUUCAAGUCCACCCUCAAGCAGUGGAUAUUAUCAAGGAAGUCCUUCAAACGUGUUGAACGGGUUUGAACAAAAUUGCCAGAGUACACCAGGAGGACGACCCAAUAACUAUGGUCCAGCAGGAUCUCAGACAUUAUCUACGACUAAAAACAACUUCAAUCAAAAUUCUCCAACAAAUGGCGCUUACCCUCAAGGAGCAUCACAAGGCUCAAAAUCUUACGGAGAAAACAUCGUUAAACCCAAUAUAGCUACGACUCAGUUAAGAGGUUAUAAUCAAAAUGGUUUGACCACACAGAGUUCAGGUCAAGUAAGUUCCAGUUCACAUCCAGGUUAUGGGCAAGGAAUAGGACCUUGCGCUUCCAAAAAUGACGGGGACGUCGGUAAUGAUAAAACAAGUACAGGAUCACCAGCAGAUCCUGGCUAUGGAAUUCGAAACCAAAAAAAACAUUCCACAAUUGUUCCAAAAGGACAAUUUCAAAAUUCUAACUCACCAAGUUCAGGAAAUGGUGUGCAAAUCUCUUCUAAUGCUAACAAUGAUAAUAAUUUUGGCGAACCAGGUUUCAAUUCUUUCUCAAAUUUUGCACCAGGAAAUCAACCCAACCAACCAAUCAACCCCGGAACCAAUAAUUUUGAUACAAAUAAACAUGGUGAUAGCAUAAAUGAAGCAGUUUUCUCACCUUCAAAUACUGGUUACUAAUAAAUAUUUCAAGUUUUUGUUACUUAAACAAACUACCAAAUUACAAUUAUUAAUUGUAUACAUUUUGUUUUGUUUCAUGAUAAUUAAUUUUAAGAAUUAUUUUUAUA